GCGAACUUUCAGCCGUCGCCGUCGUUGUAGAUUCCUAGCGAAACAUUUAAUACAACAAGAAAGAUGCCGACCCCACCAUUUUCCCAAGAUCGCCGAGACUGGCUAACUGAAAUUUCUGGACUUUUUGCUGCGAAGAAGACCAAGAGUGUGACCAAGGACACAACGUUGAACGUGAGGAUUCCAAAAGCGUGCGAUUCUGUGACGACGAUCAGUACAAUCGGUUCGAGAGAUCAUGGCGCCGCAAAAAAUCAAGCAAUGGGUAACCGGCCAGGACGGCUUGGAUAAGCUGAGAAUGGAAGAGACGGAGCGUCCUACGCCUGGCGAGGAUGAGGUAUUGGUAGAAAUUCAUUCCGUCAGCUUGAACUACAGGGAUACUGAAGUAUGCAUGGGUCUCUACAACCACCACAAGUCCGUUGAGCAACCUCCUGCCAUCGUACCAUGCUCCGACAUGUGCGGUGUCGUCGUUGCCGUCGGCCCAUCCUCAAACAACACUUCCGACCCGUACAAGAACCCAGCAUUCCGCGUCAAGGAAGGCGACCGUGUCAUUAGCACCUUCGCACCGACCCACAUCACCGGCCAGAUCCAAGCUAAAGACCUUGGGAAUGGACUUGGAGGACCCGCGCCCGGUGUCCUGGUUCAGUACCGCGUCUUCCCUACCUUCGGUGUCGUCAAGAUCCCAGACUACAUGACCGAUGAUGAAGCCGCCUGCUUACCCAUCGCCGCUAUGACUGCAUGGAUGAGCUUGAACUGCAUGCGACCCAAGGGCGAAAUCGUCGGCAAAGGCGAGACCAUCGUCUGCCAGGGUACCGGUGGUGUCAGCAUUUCCGCAGCGCAAAUCGCGUCAGCGGCUGGUGCCGAUGUCAUCGUCACUUCUUCGUCGGACGAGAAGCUCAAGCGCGCCACGGAGCUCGGCGCAAAGAACACUAUCAACUACCGCUCCAAGCCAGACUGGGAUGAUGCGGUGCUUAAUGCCACGUCUUCUCGUGGCGCAGAUAUCAUCAUCGAGGUCGGUGGCGCCACAACGCUUCGGAAGUCCUUCGAGUGCGUGCGCUUUGGCGGGCUCAUUGCUUGCAUUGGGUACUUGUCUGGUAAGCAGGACGAAGCUGGCGACAGGACGAACACGAACUUGCUAUGCUUGAAGAGGAAUGUUACGCUCAAGGGUAUUGUCAAUGGCCCGAGGGACGAGCUUGAAACGAUGUUAAAGUUCUAUGAACAGAAGCAGAUCAGGCCUGUUGUCGAUCGCUUAUUUAAGUUUGAAGAGGCGGAUCAGGCAUUGCAGUAUUUGUUCAGUGGUGGGCAUUUUGGAAAGGUCGUUGUUAAGGUUAAGGCGUAAAUUAUUUCAACGGCAUUAAUAUUUAUCAUUGUUAUUCAUCGCGACUCAUUCUACCACAUCCAAA